GACGGGGUGGGGUGUCCGCGACCGGUGGCGAAGCUGCGAGUUGGUGUAGUGUGUGAUUUGGGACGUAGCCUCUUCUCCGUCAGUCAACUUUGGACUUCCGCAUCGUUCCGUAUCGUCGUCAUUUCCGGCUGCGUCUCAGUACCGCAGCGAUAAGCAUCGCUGAGAUGUAAAUGGAGAGCGGAGAUAAGAAGUUGGAGGAGACGCUCGGUGCAGACUGAAGCCGCAGUAAGGAAACGGGUUUUCCUCGCAAGCUGAGGUGAUAGCGGUCGCCCUCCGAGAUCGUACAGCGGCUUCUCCAGCAAACGAGUCAGCCAUUUUUGUGUGUGUAGCGAAUCCGAAUGGCCGGAGAGGUACGCGGGGCCCUUGGCCGGAGAGCGAGCGUGUUGCUCGGCGUGGCUCGCUCAGGCCUCCGCGGGCCACAAUGGCGGACUUUUAUCCUCAUUUCUGCUGCUUUCGGGGGACUCAUUGGACUGUCUGCCGCCGCCGAGCUGAAAGAGUGCGACAAGCCGUGUGUAAACGGCCGGUGCGACCCGGCGAACGGCACCUGCGUGUGUGAGCCGGGCUGGGUAGAGGAGCAGUGCCAACACUGCGGCGGCCGCUUCAGGCUAACUGGACCUUCUGGGUAUCUGACAGAUGGACCGGGGAACUACAAACACAAAACUAAGUGCACAUGGCUCAUAGAGGGACAGUCAAACUCUAUUCUGAGGCUGCGCUUUGAGCACUUUGCCACCGAGUGCAGUUGGGACCACCUAUAUGUCUAUGAUGGAGACUCCAUAUAUUCUCCUCUUCUGGCUGCAUUCAGCGGUCUGAUCAUUCCCGAGCACUACAGCAACGAAACGGUUCCAGAGGUGGUGGCUGAAUCAGGCUAUGCGCUCCUCCACUUCUUCAGCGACGCAGCCUACAACCUUACUGGCUUCAACAUUUCCUACAGGAUAAAUAUGUGUCCUAAUAACUGCUCAGACCACGGCGUGUGUCAUCUGGCUAACUCCAGUGAUGUGGUACAGUGUGAAUGUGAAGAGGGCUGGAAAGGAGACGCGUGUGAUGUCCCAUACUGUGUCUCGAACUGCAGUUUCCCCAUGCUUGGUCAGUGCCAAAUGAGCGACAAGAGCUGCCUCUGCAACCCUGGCUGGCAAGGCCCUGAUUGUUCAAUAUCAAUACCUGCUAAUGUUUCCUUUUGGACACAUGAAGAGUUCAGUGAACAAAGCCUGGCCCGGGCAUCCCAUAAGGCUGUGAUGCAUGAAGAUGUCAUGUGGGUGAUCGGUGGUCACGUGUUCAACUACACAAAGUACCAGUUGGUGACGGCAUUUAAUAUCUCCUCUCAGAGCUGGAUGUCUCUGAAUCGUACGGCCAACAUUGUUACUGCACGCUACGGUCAUUCUCUGGCUGUGCACGAGGAUAAGAUUUAUAUGUAUGGUGGAAAGAUUGAUUCCACUGGGAAUGUGACGUCUGAGCUGUGGGUGUUUCACACAAAGAAUCAAUCGUGGGAGCUGCUGAACCCACGAGCUAAAGAGCAGUACGCAGUGGUGGGUCACUCUGCACACAUUGUUCACCUCCAGCCUGAUAAAACGGAGCCAGUUAUGCUCGUCAUCUUCGGUCACUGCCCUCUCUAUGGAUACAUCAGCCAAGUGCAGCAGUACAACAUCGUGAACAACAGGUGGGGUGUUUUGGAGACGAGUGGAGCACUGGUUCAUGGGGGCUAUGGGCACAGCAGCGUUUAUGAUCCUCAAACACGUUCAAUCUACAUUCAUGGUGGAUACAAGGCCUUCAACUCUACAAAGUAUGGUCUGGCUGGUGACCUGUAUCGCUACGAUAUCGACAGUAACACGUGGUCGAUUCUGAGGGACAGUGGAUCUUAUCGCUACCUCCACACGGCUGUGCUGGUAGACGGGAACUUGCUAGUGUUUGGAGGAAACACCCACAACGACACAUCGAUGAGUUACGGGGCCAAGUGCUUCUCUUCUGACUUCAUGGCCUACAACCUGGCAUGUGACGAGUGGACUGUGCUGCCCAGACCUGAACUUUACCAAGAUGUCAAUCGCUUUGGACAUUCUGCUGUCUACGUCAAUGGGGUGAUGUAUGUGUACGGAGGCUUUAACAGCUUGAUGCUGAGUGACAUGUUAAGGUAUACUCCUGCCAACUGUUCUGCUUACACUGGAAUUGAAGAGUGUGUGACGGCUGUGCCAGGUGUGCAGUGUUUGUGGAACGUUACCACAAGUACAUGCCUUUCUUGGGAGACGGGCAAACUCGGAGACACAGACAGAUGCCCUCCUCGAGUGUACUCAAGCAGUGAUAAGUGCAACCAAUACACUGACUGCUACAGUUGCACGGUCAACACCAAUGGUUGCCAAUGGUGCUCGGAACGCUGUGUGCCCAUCCACAACAACUGCACGGGUGCGAUAACCGAGUAUGAAGCGUGUCCGAAGGGCGUCCACGCCUAUAUGUGUAAUAAAAAGACCAGCUGUAAAAGCUGCGCUACUGACCAGAACUGCCAGUGGGAAGCCAGGAACCAGGAGUGCAUUUCUCUACCUGAGAAUAUCUGUGGAGAAAGCUGGCACCUGGUGGGGAACUCGUGCAUGAAGCUAAUCACGGCUAAGGACUCGUAUGACAAUGCCAAGCUGGCCUGCCGCAGUCACAGCGCCGUGCUGGCCUCGUUAACCACCCAGAAAAAGGUGCAGUUCGUCAUCAAAGAGCUGCAGAGCAGAAGUGCACAGUCCAAAUUAGUGACUCCAUGGGUUGGCCUGAGGAAGGUGAACGUGUCCUACUGGUGCUGGGAGGACAUGUCACCGUUCACUAACACUACACUACAGUGGUUGCCUGGAGAACCCAGUGAUGCAGGCUUUUGUGGCUACCUUGCCGAGCCCAGUUCCAGCGGCCUGAAGGCAGCACCCUGCAUCAACUCCUUCAACGGAAGCCUAUGUGAAAGAUCAGCCAACCACAGUGUGAAGCAGUGUCGAACACCUUGUGCUCUGCGCUCGUCUUGUAGCGAGUGUACGAGUGGAGGAGCGGAGUGCAUGUGGUGCAGUAAUAUGAGGCAGUGUGUCGACUCUAAUGCCUAUGUGGCCUCCUUCCCUUUUGGUCAGUGCAUGGAGUGGUACACCAUGAACAGCUGUCCACCGGAAAAUUGCUCUGGAUAUAGGACAUGCUCGCAGUGUUUGGAUCAACCUGGUUGUGGAUGGUGCACUGACCCAAGUAACACAGGGCGUGGACAGUGCAUGGAAGGCUCGUACCGUGGACCCAUUCAAACCCUCCUGCAUGCCCCCUCUUCCUCAAGACCUUCCCUUGUACCAGCUCCUCAAGCCUUGUUGAACGUGAGCUGGUGUCCACAUGAGAACAAGUAUAACUGGUCCUUUAUUCAGUGUCCAGCAUGCCAGUGUAAUGGUCACAGUGCAUGUGUCAAUGAGAGUAUAUGUGAGAAAUGUGAAGAUCUCACCACUGGCAAGCACUGUGAAAGUUGUGUAUCCGGUUUCUAUGGAGACCCCACCAACGGGGGCAGCUGUCAGCCCUGUAAGUGUAAUGGCCAUGCCAGCAUGUGUAAUUCAAACAACGGCAAGUGUUUCUGCACCACCAAGGGCAUCAAAGGAGACCGCUGCCAUCAGUGUGAAGUGGAGAAUCGUUACCAAGGCAACCCUCUGAAAGGAACCUGCUAUUACACUUUGUUGAUUGACUACCAGUUCACCUUCAGCCUGACUCAGGAGGAUGACCGAUACUACACUGCUAUAAAUUUUGUAGCCACACCAGACGAGCAAAAUCGAGACUUGGACAUGAUCAUUAAUGCCUCAAAGAACUUCAACCUCAACAUCACCUGGGCAACCAGUUUUGCAGCUGGUACUCAAUCUGGAGAAGAGAUUCACAUUGUCUCUUGCAGCAAUAUUAAAGAAUUCAAGGAGAGUUUCUCCAAUGAAAAAUUUGAUUUUCGGAGCAAUGUUAAUAUUACUUUUUUUGUUUACGUCAGCAACUUCACCUGGCCAAUCAAAAUACAGAUUGCGUUUUCCCAACACAGUAACUUCAUGGAUCUGGUACAGUUCUUUGUCACAUUUUUCAGCUGUUUUCUGUCUCUUCUUCUGGUAGCAGCAGUAGUAUGGAAGAUCAAGCAGAGCUGCUGGGCCUCACGACGACGAGAGCAACUCCUUCGAGAGAUGCAGCAGAUGGCCAGUCGGCCGUUCGCCACCAUCAAUGUUGCCUUGGAGACGGACGAGGAGCCGCCUGACCUGAUUGGUGGAAACGUGAAGGCAGUGCCAAAGCCCAUAGCAUUGGAACCUUGUUUUGGGAAUAAAGCAGCAGUGCUGUCCAUCUUUAUCAGAUUACCCAGAGGCCCCGGAGGCAUCCCAACCCCAGGACAAUCAGGCCUGGCCGUAGCGAGUGCCCUGGUGGACGUGUCUCAGCAGUUGUGUGUAUGCUAUAAGGAGAAAACUGGAGGGCUGCGUAACCGUAAGCAGCAGCCAAUAGCACAGCCAGCUACGUGCAUCUGACCUCUGCCCAUCACCCGCGAUUCCUGAGCUUUGACCUCCGCCAGGACUAAGCCACGGACACAUGCAACCCACAAACGGCGGAGGUCACAUACUCACAGGUGGAGCAAGGAUGCCUUCUAAUUGGAGAACUGAGGCUCCCAGUCCAUGGUGCAGAAAAGCAGAAUGUGACGAGGGAGAGACGCGCACAUGGAGAGAGGCAGAUGGGGGACAUCCCUUUCUCACCUCUAACUGACUGCAGAUAGGACUUCCAAUUCGUAUCUGCUAUGUGAUAUUUAACUUAUUAUUAUUAUUAUUAUUAUUAUUAUUAUUAUUGUUCCCUGUUUUAUUCCGUUUUUAUGCUCAGGAGGAGGUUCCCCUGCACUGCUGCACCAUGGUCUCCAUGGCAACAUACAGUCAGACCAUCCAUAGCUAGCUAUUGUAUAUGUACACGUGCACAUACCCUUAAACCAUUGCCAAACCAAACACAAACGAAGAUCGGUGAUGAGGCAGUUUGUGUGUCUGUGUCCCUUAAAUCAUGGCUCGAUAUGCAGUGGAAUUCUGCGAUUUGGAAAGUAUUUGUUUGUGCAAGUUUUUAUGUGGGAGACUGAAGUGGGUCAUUUUCACAGUGAAACUACUUCAUGCCAUUUUUCAAUUUGUGAAAAGCAGCCAAUUUAUUUUCAUCUUUUCACUUCAGUCACUUUCAAUGGUCUUUUGACACAGAUCAUUGCUCGGGCAUUUAUCAGUGUUUUCGAUGCAUAGAAGGGUUUUUUUUUUUUUUUUUAAAUAUAUCCUUUUUGCCAGAUAUUCUGUAUCCCAUUUGAGACCCCAUGCUAUUUCUUAGACUCGUUCUAACUUCCGACUCGAAACAGAACCUGAGGGAGCUGUGAGAACGUAUAAGGCAAAAGCCUUAGGAUUAAAUCUGGGCAGCAGCUUUUAGAGUUUUCAAAAUGCCAGAUGCCAUUUCAGACACUGCUGUUUUUGAGGUACGCGCUCACUCACACACACAUUUUUCUUUUUUCUUUGUUGUCGAGUACUUGCAUUUACAUUUUUAAUGUGUGCAUGUGUAAGUGUUGGAUUUUGUGUUUUUUAGGGUUUGAAGAGGAGAUGUAACUGUAGACAAAAUGGCAGAUGAGAGACAAAUAAGGCCAUUUGAAAUGUAUACAACUUUCGAUUCGAGGUUUUGUAUGCAUGUAUUUACCUCCAGGUUUUUUUAAAACAAAUUUUUAGAGGUAUUGAAUUCAGUUAAUUCCAAAAGAUUUGAUUUAGUUGUCUAGAGGAAAAUCUCAAUUCAGUGAGCUUUCUACUCAUCCCUUUGUAUUUUAUUUAUUUUAUUCCCCCCUCCCCCCACCCCACCCCAGUGUUCUUGCAUCCCCGUUUAUUGAGACGUUUAUUUUUAUGUAGAUAAAUUCGAAUUUCGUGUAACCUCAUAAUUUUUUUCCGCUAGAAUAUUUUCGGAUGCCGGCGUGUUUUGUGCCUUUUGCACUUCAUUACAGCCUAAUGAAGUAAGGUGCAGAAACCAUUUAUUUCUCUCUUGUUUGUCCCAUGCAAGUGUCAUUUCAGUUAUUACUCUGUGUAUUACACUGUCAUGCACUCUGUAUAUAACGACUUGUGACGAGGCUGCAGAAUGGAACCGAGAUUGGUUUUAUGUGUCUCCGAUUGCCUACUUGUCAAUUCCCUUGCAAUAGCUGAGCCAUGAUUGACGCGACACAGGCCUCACAAACAUUAUGGUCGAUCAGACUGCUGCAACCAAACAAGACCUUCCACGGCUAAAUCACAUCGAACUGAGAACUGCUAUGAUUAUGACGGAGAAACUGCCUUUCACGUUGAUGGAUUAAAUGUUAAGAUCCAUUGAAAUGAUAAAGAGGAACCAAUAGCUCGGGGGUUAUUCUGAACGGGACUGUCCACUUUAAUACCUGCUCAACUGGAAGUACGAUAGAAGCUCAUUUCUGCAGUUUUAGGCAGCAUAUAAUAAGUUGUACGAAACUAGGUAUGACAAGCGCUCACACUCACUUUUACACACACAGUGUGGAACAGAGACAUGAAAGGAGUCUAGUCUUUUGGUGUGGGAGCCAAUUAACCAUUUAUUUCAGGUUUCAAAGAGAACUUUACCCAGUACUAUAGUAUGCCUCAACCCCACCACUUGCUUUCUGUACAGUAAUCACUGUAGAUAUCGGGAUCUAUAGUUUAAUGUGUAUAAUGUAGCAGCAGAUGCACUCUUUUUGUAAUAACAAUGAACAUUAAUGUGAAUGCCAUUUCUGUUGAAUGACUUGCUUGGCAGGUGGAGCGUCCCCCGGCUUUUACAGUGGGAGCUCACUGCAGCUUCUUUUUUUGUAUGUAAGAUAGCGAAUGUCAUCAUGAACAAACUCUAAAUUAAGCACAAAUAUGAUGUGUAAAAACAAAAAAAUAAAACGGUAAUAUCAGUCCUGAAAUGGUACCUGAAUUUGUAAUUAUUCAUGUACAUAAAGGAAGAAAUGUUUUGUCUAUAAUAAAUGCUGUAAUUAAG